UAAACGCUGUCAACGACCGAAACUCAACUGAAUGCUUUAUGAUUGGUCCGUCCAGAUCUUCCUCCACCUCUGAUUGGUCCGUGAGCAAACAUCAAACCCACACACCACAUUCUUGCGACACUUCCGCCGUGCGGCCGCGUUGUACAGUCAGUGAACACCUGUAUAGAUCGAGCCCUAAUGCGGGAAUGGCGGAGUUUCAGGAGAAGCUGAGACUGCAGCAUGAGAACUCCAUGCACACAGAGCUGGAGAAGCUCUUGAGUACCGCCAAAACACCAGAGGCCGAGAUCUCUAGGAAGGACUUUGAGGGCUUCAAGAAGCUUUUCCACCGUUUCCUUCAGGAGAAGGGGCCGUCUGUUGACUGGGCCAAGAUCCAGAGACCACCCGAAGACUCGAUCCAGCCGUAUGAGAAGAUCAAGCUGAAGGGUCUUCCAGCUGAUGUGGCGUCCAGCCUUAAUAAACUAGCCGUGUUGAAGCUCAAUGGAGGUUUGGGGACCAGCAUGGGCUGCAAAGGGCCCAAAAGUCUCAUCAGUGUCCGAAAUGAAAACACUUUCCUGGACCUGACCGUCCAGCAGAUCGAGCAUUUAAAUAAAACGUAUAAUGCAGACGUGCCGCUGGUGCUGAUGAACUCAUUCAACACUGAUGAAGACACCAAGAAGAUCCUGCAGAAAUACACACAUCACCGCGUCAAGAUACACACCUUCAACCAGAGCAGGUAUCCCAGAAUCAACAAGGAGUCUCUGUUACCGGUGGCCACAAACAUGGGCCUGACGGGAGAGAAUGAGGAGGCCUGGUACCCGCCGGGUCACGGAGACAUUUACGCCAGCUUCUACAACUCAGGCCUGCUGGACAAGCUCAUCGCCGAAGGGAAAGAGUACAUCUUCGUGUCCAACAUUGAUAAUCUGGGUGCCACUGUGGACCUGCACAUCCUAAACCACCUGAUGAGCCAACCCAACGACAAACGCUGCGAGUUCGUGAUGGAGGUCACCGAUAAAACCAGAGCCGAUGUCAAGGGUGGCACACUGACUCAGUAUGACGGUAAACUCCGGCUGCUGGAGAUCGCUCAGGUGCCCAAAGCUCACGUAGACGAGUUCAAAUCAGUCACCAAGUUCAAGAUCUUCAACACCAACAACCUGUGGAUGAGUCUGCCGGCCAUCAAACGGCUCCACGAGAAGAACGCCAUGGACAUGGAGAUCAUUGUCAACCCCAAGACUCUAGAUGGCGGUCUGAAUGUCAUUCAGCUAGAAACAGCUGUCGGCGCCGCCAUGAAGAGUUUCGACAACGCGCUGGGCAUUAAUGUUCCCCGCAGCCGCUUCCUGCCGGUCAAAACCACGUCUGACCUGCUGCUGGUCAUGUCCAACCUGUACAGCAUGAACGCCGGAUCGCUGACCAUGAGCCCUAAGAGAGAGUUUCCCACAACACCACACGUCAAACUGGGCAGCUCCUUCACUAAGGUGCGAGACUUCCUGAAACGGUUUGAGAGCAUCCCGGACAUGCUGGAGCUGGACCAUCUCACUGUAUCAGGAGACGUGACUUUUGGAAAACAGCUCACACUGAAGGGAACAGUGAUCAUCAUCGCUAAUCAUGGAGACAGGAUUGACAUCCCGGCCGGAGCCAUGCUGGAGAACAAGAUCGUUUCUGGAAACCUGCGUAUUCUGGACCACUGAGGCCUUCACAACAGAACUACAGCAUGACUACAACACACCAGCAACAUACCAACAACAUGACUAAAAACUAGGGCCAGACGGAAUCUACGGACGUUUUUUGCUAUUUCUGUGGAGAAUUUUGGUAAAAAUCUGCGGAUUUCUGCGGAAUUACUUUGGGAGU